AUGAGUGAAAUAUAUAGUGAUAAAAUUGAAGUGUAUUAUAUAAUAGCAUUACUAUCAAUUAUUUCAAGUGUGUCAUGUAUUGCAAUAAUUAUUUUUUCAAUGGUUAUUUCAAUAAUUCAAUUAAUAAAAGGAAGUUUAUGUAAAAUAAUAAAUCAUUUAUUACUUUUCUUAUUAGGAAUUGGGAUGGUAAUUAUUAUUAUUUCAUUUAUUGGAUUAUUCUUUACAAGUUUUGGAUUUUUAAAGGGGUAUGAUAUUGUAUUAACUGAACAAGAAAGAGGAAUAACUGAAACAAAACAAUCAUGUUGUUUUGAAAUAUAUUCAGAAAAUGAACAUAUGGUAUAUUCUGAUAAUUGUAAGUGUCAAUACUUUAUACCAAAUCAAAAUAUUUUAGAUUCAAAAUGUUCACAAUGUAUGACUAUUGUUGAAUAUGAAAAAAGUUCAAAAACUUUAAUGGUACUUGGAGAUAUUUUUAUUUUAUUUAAUAUCUUUUAUCUAGUAUUAUAUUGUGCUUUAUUCUUUUUAUUAACUAUUCCAUUCUUUAAUAAAUGGAUUAAAAAACAAGCAAUGUUUGAACACUUUUAA